AUUGUUAGAAAUUUCAAUGUAAACCAGUUACGUUAAAUAGAUAGUAGAUUUGAUACUACUUAAAUAGCAGAGCAGGAUUAUCUGGUUAAGGAUUAGUUUAAGGAAAAUAUUGGGCGAGCAAUCAAGAAAUUUACCAUAUACCUAUUUAAACAAGGUUAGACAAGUGUGUAUGUUCAUUGAACAAAAGUGGUCAGUAUUAAGUACCGGAUUGUUAUUAAAAGGAGAGAUAUAACAUACCUGUAUCAAGUGGGCUUAAACAUUAGAAUGAGAGGAACAUUGUAUAUGUAAAAAGUGAUGGAUUUAUUACAAGUGUUUUGAUGAUCGAACUUUAUUAGAAAUUAAUGCUGCCUGCCGACCCCUGAUGCAUGCUUAAAGAUGGCUCAUCUCGAGAAACUUUUUGUCCCACAGGGGCUUCCUGAUAACCGCUAUCACUCCCUUGAUAGUCGAGUGACCUACAAAAGCGAAACAGCUACAGCAGAAAUGAGAGAAACUAAAGAGAUAAAAUCAAUGAAGAAAGACUUUCAUCCAAUAACAACAGAGAUCCAUGUAACAGAGCUUAGACCAAUUAAACUUGACCCUUUAAAUAAACAAGAAUUAGCACAGGCACCUAAGAGUAAUACUUGGGAAAGACGCCUUAUGUCUGAGGGAGCUACUGUAGAAAAUGGACAUCGUGAAAUGUUUAGGGAAUCUCAUACGGAAAAUCGACGGGCACAUUCCGCAUCGUCUCAGAGAACAGAAAGAAUGGAAAUAAAUGGUCAACCCGAGAUGAGAUCAAACAUGAUACGUACUGUGACCAGCAGAACGGGAACUUUCUCCGGGUCAUCACCUGGUUCUUCACCAGGGGGAACAUUGUCUCCUCGAGACAAAGUAGAGUUCAGGAGAAGAGAUGUGAGUCCAACUUACUCAGAGAAACAACAGACUAUUCAAAUGAUAGAUGGGAAGUGUACAUGUUGUCCGUAUGGAUAUCAUGUAGAUGUUGAUUUUAUGAGCUACUGUGACACUCUUUCUAAUCAGUCCUAUCUGAAACAACUCAAACAUAUACAACGAGAAAAGCGAAAACUUAGGAAAUCUAUGGAAGUUUAUCUGCAAGAUCAGGAACAAACUGAAGGCCAUUCUACAAUGGUGAAUCCAAUGGAAUCUCACCCAUAUUACCAAGAAUCAACAACAAAUAGAUUGCUAGAUGAUAUUGAUAGUUCUGUGGGACAAACGCUGACAUCUAUUGAGACAAUGAUGGAGUCAUCCAAAGGGUCGCAGAUGUACAGUGAUAGUGGUACUGCAACCAUUCAACAUAGAGAAAAACCGCAGAAAUUUAACACAUUCCCCAAGAAAACAGGAAGGCAGGUAGCCCAAGAGCUGCAAUCUUACAAUGAAACAUUUACGGCAACAUUUCAUGACUCUGAUCGACGGGAUUCAAAUAGUUCACUUUCCUCUAUUUCGACUGUAGAGCUAGAGAGGAUAUAUCCCCAUAGCAAACAGCAACAAGGUUUUUUAACAACAGAAACAACAACAACAAAGUCGUCAAACAUAACGUCCCAGCACUUGGCGGAGACAAUGGCUGUUCAUAUGCCACAUGAGGGCGGGGCUGCCUCAGCUUCUAACAUGACCAAUAUAAGUAAAGAAUCAUUAAAUGCAAUAAGGGAAGCUAUGUCUGUGAGUCUACAGAGAAUGAAAGAACUUGAAGAACAGAAUAAGGCUAUUCCAGUGCUACAGGUUCGAAUCUCUGUUCUGAAGGAAGAGAAAAGAUUGUUAGGCUUGCAAAUGCAAGCUCAGAAACAUGUGAACACUGUUAGUAGAGGUGUUAAUACUGAUGCAUUACCAGCCCCUCCAUCACCUGUGUCACCACCUCCCACUCUUCCUAAACCUAAAGUAAGGAUGGCAGCUGUGGGAGACCAUGAUGUCAAUGAAUCGUAUCUUUUACAACCAGAACUAGAGUCAACACAUGUGUAUGAAAGAGAAACUGUUAUAAUUGAUAGAGCUCAGCACCAGAGUUCACUUUUCAAUCCUGAUAUGUCAAAGCCCCUUACAAGAACUGUAGGGGUUGGUGAGGGAAAUGUUUUUGAUGAUAGCAUGCAUAUUCAUGAGAAAGAGUUAAGAACUGUGAUAAUUGGACAAAGUGAUAGAACAGGAAAACGAAAUGUUGGAAUUGAGUGCCGACCUUCUACUCGCGAUGUUGGCAUAUCAUAUAAUUUUGAUACUGUUGAAAAACCAAAUAUGCGUAGUGUAGGAAUUACGACAGAAACAACAGCCCUUGUAACAAAUGUUAGUUUUAGAAGUGAAGAGUUCACAUCAGCUUUGAGAAAUGCUCUUGCGAAAAAUGUGCGAAGUGUAAUGGUUCAAGUAGACAAUAGACAAGAAUCUAGAACUGUUGGUAUUCAGUCAGCAAUUUCUUCCUGGAAUUUAAGGUCAAUUGGUGUAGGUGACUGUAGUAUUGAUGUUGAAGUAAGGAAUCCAGUUGCUAAACGAUCAGUAAGCGUUGAUGCUUUCCCAGAUAGAAUGAAUCGAUCUGUAAAUACAGAUUAUGGUUGGCGACUUGAUGCGUUUACUAAUACAGUACCACAGUUUACUGAAAGUGAAACAACACAGACUGAAGAUGUCAGGAAAUAUAAUAGUGCAACAAUGACAGAAAGAAAUGCUCAGUUCAAUGUUACUUGCCAGACAGACAUGAAAAUCUUUGCAGCUACAGAUCAAGUUAAAAAUUCUGGUACAAAUACUGAGAAAGUUCUAACAUAUAACACUGGAAUCAAUACCACUCUGAAACCAUUGAUGGAGCGAGGCGUGAACACAAUACAUCAUAAAGAUACUAGAAACUAUGGAGUUAAUACAGUUGGGCCAGAUGUUAGAAGCAUGGGUACUGGUGAUGGAAUUAUAGAAGAAGAAACACCAGAGGAAGAGUAUCUGUUUGAAGAGGAAGGAGUGGAGACAAAGACAGUAUAUUUUACGACAAUGCAAGACCAGGAAAAGACAAAAACUGACAAAGGUUAUGAAAGAAAGCGGGAAUAUUCCGCACCCACUCUUAAAAGUAGUAGCAGUAGUAGCAGCAGCAGUGUGGAAACCAAAAGUGCUAUUCAAUCAAGUGACUUACAAAAAUUGCAGAGACAAGAUUCUUCAUCCAGUUCAAAAUCAGAAGAUGACCAGCAAAAUACAGAAGUAUUUGAAGAAAAAGUAUGGAGAACAUCUGGAGAUGGCCAGUUUACUGUUACCACAGUAACAACAACUAAAACAUAUGGUAAAGGGGAUGCAGAAGGAACUGUUCAAACAGAGACUAAAACAGUUACUGGAGGUCCUGAAGUUCUAGGCUGUGAUAGAGCCAUAAUUGAACAGGAAGUAGAGAAAGGUAGAACUAGUUCAUCAAUCACUGUUAGAAGCGGAUCUCUCAGUGACCUUAACGAGUCAUUUAAUACUAGCCAACAUUCAUAUGAUUCUAGCUACAGAACAUCAGGUUCUACUGGUGAUUCUGUCUCUAAACAGUCAUAUGUAUCAAGUCCUGCUGUAGCUCAAGGUAGUACAGCUAUAGAACGUGUUCUUGGAUCUGAUGUAGCGGAAAAAGUAAGAAGGGAAAGAGAACUUCUUGAUAAACAAGGAGCGUCAUCGUCUAAGAUUACAUCAAGAUAUGUUUCUAGCAUUGGUGGGCCUAAUGAGAUUACAGAAUACUCGACAAGCUCCAGUGGUCCGGGUGUGGUAACAACAAGAUAUUCAUCGAGCAGUGGUGGGUCCACUUCAUCUGGUGGUCUAUCUCUUAGAUCAGAAUUAGAUCAGCUGGCAAAUAAUAUACCAGACGGUGGUCUGUCUUCUUCUCAGUCUAGUGUAUCAUCUGUUUCGAGACAAACUAGAAUUGUAAGAGAAGGUGACUCCUCGCCCACUGUUACCUCGACUGAAGAAUUCUCCACAUCUACAGAUGGUUCAUUACUAGAUUCUGCGUUGGAAUCUUUGACAGGGUCGUGGAUGUCCGAUUCUGGAAGUUCAACAGGAGCUUUAAAGUCCAUCAUGAAGAAGAGUUCUAUCGACUCUGGAAGUCACCGUAGGGGAAUAACAUUUGCGGACACAGUUGUUGGAGGUGAAACUGAUGAUGAAGACGAGGAGGAAGUUGACUCUUCAAAUGAGGAGGAGGAAAAUGGUGGGGUGGAGAGUGGUUCAAGGGGGACAACUUCUGACAGUGAUAGUAGUUAUGAUGAGGGUUGCUAUGACAGCAGGGAGGGCAGCAUUGUAUAUAAGUGUAAAGAUGAUGAAGCUAUUGCUAAUGGUGUUCCGGGAGCUCAAAUGUUUGACCAGAAUAUUAGAGAAACGUUUGAGCUGGAUCCUGCAAUGAAAGAAGCUUGUCAAACAUUGGCCACCUACUUGGAGGAUUCAACACUGGUUCAGACAAAACAACUGUAUAAACAGUUAAAGAAGAAUAACAGCCUUGAGAUAAUACAGAAGGAGUGGUUUAAGGUGUCGUCAUCAAAGCUAGCCGACGCCCACCAGAAUGAGGACUACUUGUCAUGCUUUAAUGAGAUUUCAAAACGACUCCUUGAGUACAUAGUAAACAUGCAAGAUUCAAAUGGUAAUACAGCUAUUCAUUAUGCAGUAUCUAAUUGCAACUUUGACAUAGUAAGUUUAUUGUUGGAUACUGGUGUAUGUGACCUUAACAAGAUGAACAAGGCAGGAUAUACAGCUGUUAUCAUGGCAACAUUAGCUAGUGUACAGACACAGAGACAAGAGGAAGUUGUACAGAGACUUUUCUCUAUGGGAAAUGUUAACCAGAAAGCUUCCAAGGAUGGACAGACAGCUCUGAUGUUUGCUGUAAGACAGGGUCGUACAGAGAUGGUGAAGAUGUUACUGGAUACCGGAGCUGAUACUAACAUCCAGGAUGAUGAAGGGUCAACGGCCUUAAUGUGCGCGGCCGAGCAUGGUCAUACUGAAAUAGUCAAAAUGCUCCUUAACACACCAGGUUGUGAUGCUACUAUUGCUGAUAAUGAUAACAGUACGGCCCUCUCUAUCGCCAUGGACGCAGGACACAAGGACGCUGGUGUUCUACUUUAUGCCCAUGUUAACUUCGGUCCUGGACAUUCACCUCAUAGACUGCGAAAACAUCGUUUUAAAGUAAAACAAAGGAUAUGAAAGGGGUUGGUGGUAUUUAAUUGUGAUGCAAACUUGGUUGCAGCACCCUGCAUUGGCUAGAGUCAGACCCGCAAAUCAUAUUUCACACUAUUUUCUUCUUAUUUUUUUUCCUGUCUAAAUUGCCAAAAUGUUUGUUUUAGGAAUGAUGCUGCUGUUUUUUUGUGUUUAUGCUUCGGAAGUCUAAUUCUUGGACAUAUUUAAGGCCACUGCAUAUGUGAAAAAAAAAAAUGUGAUGAAAAUUUUUUACUCUAUGAUAAAACAAGCUUAUUAUAAUAAUAAAGGAAACAUUACUGUUUUCAUGUAUAAGAAUAAGUCUGAUUAAUGUUUAUUAGUAAUGUCUUUUUUAUAUGUUCAUGGUACGACUCUGUCUUCUGCGGGAAAUAGUCUCUGAUAAGUUGUUGUAAGAUUUACAUUAUGUUGUCAUUUAAGGUUUUGUUGGGCUUUUUGACUGUACAGGAAAUGCUUAUUUUGGUUGGAAUGUCAAUGACUUAGUGAAUUCUUUCAUACAAGGAAGCCUUGACCCAGCUAGCUUACAAUGUCCAAUGCUUUCAACAGUAGCCUCUUGCAUGUAAUAUUGAACAGCUUCUGAACAGCAUAACAGAAUGUGACUGUUACAGUACAAAUGUGACUUUAGUCAAAAACAGUGCUUAUGGGUUACUGGCUUUUUACUCCUAAUAAUAAGCAUUGAAUGUCUCAUUUCUGUUGUCAAUGGUUAAUUCUUAAAUGACUUGUGUUGAUUGUUACCAUUUAUGUUGCUUUGCAUUUUGGCUAUAUCGAAAUACUUAAAUAAACUUUGGGAAAACUAAAACUGGCAACAAAAUUAUUUGCGUUUUACUUUUAAGAGGAAUAGUGUGAAGUAUUAUCUUGUGUAUAAACAGCCCCUAAUUCCCAACCAGUGAAAUAUAUAUAUAUUCGGACCAACAGUGACACACCAAUGGCACACCAUAAUUAUUAUAUCCUGUUUAUUCAGAUACUGGAAGCCUUAUUUAAUCUGUUGCAUUUAAUUUUAUGUCUAAGCAUCAAAAACAAUGUGUAUUUUUUAUGUUGAUUUGUUGCACAGUUUUGUUUUGUUUGUUUUGAAUUUUCUACACAUUCAGUGUUAUGAUUUGCCUGUUGAUGUUUUUUUGACACUUUAUAAUAUUUACUAUUACAAUAUACAUGUAAAUUCAUUUUUAUUAGUCAAAUUUCAGAAGUGAUUAAUACUUUUUUUCUCACAAACUUUGAACAGAAAUUAAAUAUUUAUUGAUAUUUUCCCAUGCAUAAUAGCUGUACAUCUCCUUGCUUUUUCACCUAUUUGAUAGAUUGUAGUAAAAUAGAAGUUUUACCCUUUAUUAUUGGCGAGAGGAAGUCUGAAAUCAAACUUGCACGAUUUAUAAAAGUAUCUCUUAGUAUAUCACAAUUAUUAUAAAAUACCAACAUUAUCACAGUAACAGAAAAGAUAUAAAUAUGAAUUAAUUUGCUUCAGUAGUAUAUUUUAUUUUAAUUAACAUAGUGAAAUUUUAAUGCAAUGUGUCUGUUAUGCAUGUUUCCAUGUUGUAACACUGUAUUGUAUAUGCUACAGGCCCCAGGCCGGAAAUCAAGGAAGACUUCAGGAUCCUCUCCUUUAGCCAGGUACUAUAUUAGUUAUAACUCUUUAAUCAUCUUCUCUGCCAGGAACUAUAUU